AUGAAAUCAAAGAAAAGAGCUGAAAUUCGUGAUAUACAAUCGAAAGAAGAAUGGGAUGUAAUGUUAAUCAUUGAUGUUUAUCAAGAAUGGGCAGGCCCAACAGUUGUAUUAGAAGAUAUAUUUCUUCAACUUAAACGUACUUUAACACAAACAGAAUAUUUAACAUUCUAUUCUGCUAAUUGUGAAAAUAUUGAAACGCUUGAACGUUAUCGUGGUUAUUGUGAACCAUUAUUACUUUUUUUUGGAAAUAACACUCUAGUGUAUAUACAACAUCAUGUAAAUGUACCAAAUAUAGAAAAAGCUAUUGAAGAACAACUGACGAAUGAAUUACAAGUAAUAAAAGGAAAUUCUAAACGAGAACCUUUUAAUGAUUCGGAAUAUAAUAGUAUUCAACAAACAACUGGAUCGAUUACAUCUGAACCUAUGUUAUAUAAAGGUGAAUCAUCAAGUUUACGAAGUUUAUUAAUGAAAACAGCUGAAAAAAUUGAUCAAGAUUAUUGGCUUAAUUCAGAAUCAUAUAAAUUAGGUGUUGCACUUUUUGUUAUAAAACCUGAUCUUGUUGCUGAUGGAAAAAAAGAUCAAAUUCUUGAUUAUUUACGUAAUAAAGGAUUUAUCAUUCACAUAAAUGUCGAUAAAUUAUUGAAUAAUGAAGAUAUAAUUAAAAUUUUCAAACCGGUACAUCUAUAUAAUGAAUUUGAUCGUUUUAUGUCAAGUGGUCCAAGUACUUAUGCAAUAGUAUCGAAAGGUUUUACAGGACGAUCAACAUCAGAUGAUCUUCGAUAUAUUAUUGGUCCUCAUGAUCCGGAUAUAGCUAAAGAAACUAAUCCUGAAUCAUUAACUGCUAUCUAUGGAACGGAUGUUCUUUUAAAUGGCUUUUACUCAAGUAGUAACAAUAAUGAAGCAUUAAAAGAAAUUCAUAUUGUUUUUCCUGAAUAUCAACAUCCUAUAAUCGAAGGAAAACCUAUUGAUGAAUAUAUUCAUAAAACAGCAACAUUAUGUCUUCUUGGACCUGUUCAAGUACGAAUGAAAAAAGAAGCUAUUAUUCAAGCCAUUAUUCAACGUGGAUUUGAAGUACGUUAUGAAAAAGUUUAUAUGUUUCGACCCGAUGAACUUGAAUCAUUAUAUAUUAAAUAUCGUAAUGAAGAAUUUUUUAGAACAUUAAUUGAAGCUUAUACAAUUGGUCCAUGUUUAUUGCUCUAUGUAGCUAAAGAAAAUUGUGUUGCAGAUUUUUGUGAAUUUCUUGGACCAUUUUCACGUGAAGAAUUCAGUAAAAUGCCUGGAACACUUCGACACGAUUUUGAUGAACCAACAGUACCUGUGACGACAAUUCAUGGUUCAGAAAGUAUUAUUGAUGCACGAAAAGAACUUGAACAAUUUUUUCCAUACCAACAAACACUAACUAUUAUUAAACCAGGUUUAACAUCCAUUCAAAAAGGUCUAAUAAUAAAUUUUCAAAAUAUUCUUUCUAUACACAACUAUUUAAAUUUAGAUGAUAUUCUUAAGAGAUUAAAUUUAAAUGGUUUUAUAAUUAUGAUUAAAGAAACAAGACAUUUAACAAAAGAUAUUCUUACUCAAUUCUAUGCUCGACAUCAAGGUUUACCUUGGUUUAAUGAUUUUAUUCAAUUUAUGAGCAGUGAUGUUUGUGAAGUAAUAAUUCUUGCACGAGAAAAUGCUGUUCAAGCUUUACGUGAAAUUAUGGGUCCUGUUGAUCCUGUACGUGCGAAAACUGAUGCACCGGAAUCAAUUCGAGCAAUUUACGGUUUAGAUAUAAUGCGUAAUGGUUUACAUGCAUCAUCGAAUAAUAAACAUGCACGUGAAGAAAUUCGUUUACUUUUUCCUGAUUAUGAAUUUAUUAAAAAUAGACCAAUACCAUUUCAAUCAAAUAUUUUAUCAACAGUUGAUACUUCAGUCAUUUCGAAUGAGAAUAAUUAUGGUAUGAUAAUAGAAAUUAUGUAUGAGAUUACUGUAAAUACAUGCUUAAAUAAUAAUGAAAAUGAUGAAUCAGCUGUUUUUAUUACAUUAAUUGGAAAUAAAGCUGAAACAAAAAAAUUUCUUUUACAAUUUGCUGAUAAUACAAUUCAUACUUUACAAUCAAAUCAAACUGAUAUAUUCCAUUUUAUUGAUCAAGAUAUUGGUAGUCCAAAAUAUAUUCAAUUAUUUCAUGAUGGACGAGGAUUUCCGAAAAAUUGGAUUUUAACAAGUAUCGAAGUCAUAAUCUCAAAUCGAAAUAAAAUAUUCAAGUAUACUAAAACAUUACCUAUUAAAUAUAAAAUUAUUUCAAAUGAAUUUAGAUUCGAUAUUAAUGAAUUAAUCGAUGAAGAAAAUACAAAAAUCAAUUAUUCAGUAACUGAUAUUAAAGAUAUUGAAAGUGUUGGUAAUGGUAAUUGUGCUAUUAUUAUACAAACAGGCAAUGCUAAAUAUGCUGGUACAUUCGCUGAUUGCAGUAUACUCUUAUCGGGUUCACAAGGUGUUUAUGCAUUUCAACUUCGUAAAUCAUUAACAAAUCGAAUACCAUUUCAAAAUCGAUAUCGUGAUAUAUUUCUUGUUGAAGUUGAUGAACAACUGAAACAAAUUGAAUAUAUUGUACUUGAACAUAAUAAUGAAAAUUCUUCACCUGCUUGUUUUUCUGUUGAUCGAUGGCUUUCGAUGGAUUAUUAUGAUGGUAAAACAAAAAUUAUACUUUCAACAGAUAAUGAAAAAUUAUCAUAUAAUGAAAUAGAUCUAUUAGAAAAUCGAUCGAAUAUUAUUCGAUAUGAGAUUCAUAUUGUAACGGGUGUAAUGCCUCAAGCUGCAACGAAUUGUCCCGUUUGGUUAACAAUUAAUGGAACAAGAGGAACAAUUAUCAAUAAAUAUCUUGAAAUUUCUCAAAAUGAAUUAUUUCCAUUUGAACCUGAUAAUCAUGAUUUAUUUAUUUUCUAUGAUGUCGAUGUUGGCGAAAUUGAUAAAAUCAUAUUAGGACAUGAGAGUAUGUAUGCUGAACAAGGCUGGUUUAUUCAAACAAUAUCAAUACAUGUACCAUCGAAACAAUUUCAGAGUGAUAGAUUUAAAAUUAAUAAAUGGUUAAAUUCAAAACGAAUAGAUAGUGUACCAUUAAUUGAAAUUCAAAUACGAAAACCUAUCAAAUUAAAUCGAAAUCUAAAGCAUCAACAGCCAAUCUCUAGUACAACAUUAGCUUCAAUUCAUGAUUUAGAAUGCUCCUAUACUGUCUAUAUUUUAACUGAAGAUUUUCAAACCGAUAUGAAUAAACCUGGUAUUUUUAUUGAUUUGCUGAUUGAUGAAACAAUAUCAACUGAUUAUAUGAGAUUAACGACUGAUGAGACAAUUCGUGAACAUUUAGAAAAUAAUACUUUAGGAAGAUUUAAAUUAAAUGGAAAAAAAAUUGAAAAAAUCAAUACAAUAAAUCUUCUCAUUCGUGCACCCGAUCAAAUAACAUAUUGGUUACCUCGUUAUAUUCUUAUCGUUAUCGAUGAUACUCAAGAAAUAUUUCAAUUUAACAAUUCAAAAUCGCUUCAUUAUUCAAAUAGAGAUAAAUUCGAUGCAAUUACCAUUCGAUUAGAUGCAACUCCUAUAGAAUUAUCACAAGAAAUCGAAGAACAAUUGGAAAAUAUUAAACAACUCUAUAUAAAUGAAACUGGAAAAACUGUUAUUGAUAAACGAGAUGCAAUUUUAUAUGAAGAAUGA